AUGCUGUGAUUCCUGAAAAACCGUUGAACUUCGGGAAAGUUUCUGGUAUUUUACAACCAUCUUAUGUUCUGUGUUGUCUUUCUCUCCGUCUAUCUCCAGGGGUCAGGGGGCAUCUCCUGCAGCCAAGCAGAGGGCCCAGCAGGUCUCCCAGGGCCUGGAUGUUCUCACAGGGAAGGUGGAGAAUGCAGCCCGGAAACUGGAGGCCAUGACCAACUCCAAACAGGUCAUCGCCAAGAGGAUUGACGCUGCUCAGGUAGACUCUCUGAUUGAUUGAUUGAUUAGUUUUUUUGGGGGUAAUAGUUGCACAAUUGAAAAAGUACAAAUCCCAGAGGGUAGCACACAAAAGCAUUAAACAACAGGCAUUUAUGUUCCAUGGUCUUAAGCCUGUUGUGUUAUGUUGACCCCUAACCCUGUGCCCAUGCAGAACUGGCUGGCAGAUCCCAACGGUGGUCCUGAGGGAGAAGAAAACAUUAGAGCCCUCCUGUCUGAGGCCAAGAAGAUCGCUGACAUGUGUGAAGAUCCCAAGGAGAGAGAUGACAUUCUGAGGUCCAUCGGAGAGAUGGCUGCUCUCACCGCCAAGCUUUCUGAUCUCCGGAGACAGUAAGUCAUCCAUUUUAUAUACCCUAGAAAAUAAAAUUGUAUUUGUCACAUGCUUCGUAAACAACAGGUGUAUAUUAACAGUGAAAUUCUUACUUACGGGUCCUUUUCCAACAAUGCAGAGUUAAAGAUAAAAAAUACAAUAAAAUUAGAAAAAGUGACAAGGAAUAAAUACACUGAAUAACAAUAACAAGUAAAAAAUAACAUGGCUAUAUACAGGAAGUAGAAAGUAAAAUGGCUAUAUACAGUACCGAGUCGAUGUGCAGGGGUGCAAGAUAAUUGAGGGAGCUACACUACAUGACCAAAAGUAUGUGGACACCUGCUCGUCAAACAUCUCAUUCCAAAGUCAUGGGCAUUAGUAUGGAGUUGGUCCCCCCUUUGCUGCUAUAAACAGCCUCCACUCUUCUGGGAAGGCUUUCCACUAGAUGUUGGAACAUUGCUGCGGGGACUUGCUUCCAUUCAGCCACAAGAGCAUUAGUGACGUCGGGCACUGAUGUUGGGCGAUUAGGCCUGGCUUGCAGUCGGCUUUCCAAUUCAUCCCAAAGGUGAACAGGUCCCAAAAUUGACCCCUGUGGUACACCUUUAUGUACUUCAAGAAAUUCAGACUUAACCCCAUCAAUCACCAUGGCCUGAGUUCUGUCACUAAGAUCAUCCUGAAACCAUGAGCAGACGUCAGUUCUCAGGCGUAUCGAGGACAACUUAUUCAAUACAAAAUAGCAUAAUCAACAUUAUCAAAAGCUUUUGACAGGUCCACAAACAAAACAGCACAUUUAAUUUUAGUGUCUAAAGCAUUGACAAGAUCAUUAACAACUAAAGUGGUUGCUGUAAUAGUGCUAUGCCCAGGCCUAAACCCUGAUUGGUUUACAUUCAAAAUACAUCUCUCAGAUAAAAAAAAGAGCAAAGCUGUACAUUUACCAAGGAUUCAAGAAUCUUAGCUAGACAAGAAAGCCUUGAAAUGGGGCAAUAAUUAUUAAGAUCACUACUAUCCCGGCCCUUAUAGAGUUGCUUCACGAGCUGAUUUCCAUACUUUUGAAUAUUUCCUGAUAACAAUGUUAAAUAAAAAAUGUGGGCGCUGCACACUUAAACAGACCAGGAUCCAAUUGGUCAGUCCCUGUGGAUUUCUUGUUGUCUAUUGCUAGCAAAGAAUCCAGGACUUCUUUUUCUGUAAAUAGCUUAAAAGAAUAGCUUUGACUAUCAAUUCUCUGAUCAUUCAGCAAGUUUGCCCUAUCAGCAUCCAGCCCAAUAUCAUUGUGAAUAGCCUUAGAAGUUCUUUCAAAUUGAUAGCCCACUGAUAUAAAAUGGUGAUUAAAUGCAUAGAUUAUGACUUUUCUUUCUGUAAUGAGGCCAGUGUCUGAAUUAAUUCGUUGUUGUACAGAGGAGGAAGUAGAACCCUUAAUGGAUUUGACAGUUUUCCAGAAUUUAGCCGGGUUCCCUUUACAAUCCCAAAGAGCGAUUUACAUCAUUAUCAGACUUUCUGAUUUGUCUUGCGCGAUGAUUCCUCAGUCACUUAAAAGCUUGCCAGUCAGUGCCCUAAGCCUGUGUUCCUGGCCUUGACCCAAGCAUUAUCUCUUUUAUGAAUGACUUCUGAUAAUUACGGAGUGUACCAGUCAUUCGAUCUACCUUUAACCCUUAAUAUUUUGAAGGGAGCAUUAUUAUCCACAAUGGUAUUGAAGACAUCUGCAAAAAGUCUAAAAGCUAAAUCAGGUUCAGGGAUAGUUGAAAUACAAUCAAGGUCACUAAAAUAAAGAUAAUGUAAAAAAAAAAGCCUGUUCACUGAAGUUUUUAAAGUUCCUCUUUGUGACGACACGAGGCUUAGAUGUUUGUAUUCUCAUAUCUCUAACACAAACAACUGGACAACGGUCACUAAUGUCUUGGGCGAAGACACCAGUAGAAACAUUUCUCUGUUGUAUUUGUUAAAAUAAGAUCAAUCAGAGUUGACUGAAGGAUCUUUAGGGUUGGGCCCUGUAGGCUUUAGUCACCAGCUGGGUUAGGUUUAGAUCAUUACACAUGUCUUUUAGAUUGUCUGAAGCCUGCAUUUCCCAAUCAUGAUUGAGGUCACCCAGGAUAAUAACUUCUGAUUUAGUAAAAGAAGACAACAAACUAGUUAACUCAUCGAUGCACAAAGGUUAGCUGAGGGAGGAUGGUAGAACCUUUUAACAGUUAUGAAUACAUUUUCCCCCAGACAAAGGCUUAAAGAUAGUAGCUAAAAAAAGUUGCCAAGGAAAAUGGAUUUCAGUAAAGAGACAGAGAAAUUAUUUUUAAUAAAAAUGGCCACUCCACCACCUCUACCCUGUCUAUCAGCGCUGAACACAUUAUAACCCUCAAUAUUAAUAUCAGAGUCCAGAAUGUCCCCAGAGAUCCAAGUUUCAGUCAAUACCAGAAUGUCCGGAUUCGUCUGAAUAGCCCAGAUCUUGAUGUAAUCCAGUUUAGGAAGUAAGUUCCUAAUAUUCAGAUGCAUCAACCCAAGUCCUUUAUGAUUUUUAAAGUCACAUAGAAACUCCAACUCAAACAAACUAUGUUCAAUAGUUUGUAGAUAUUUAUUUAGUUGGUAUGGCAUAAGAUUGCAUAGAACUGCACCAUUUGGUCUAUCCCUAUUAGUAAUAGAGGAAGGAGUAGAAAUUGGAAUUCCUUUUCCAAGGUUAGCACCGCUGAGGCGGCAGCCAAUGUCAAUAUGAGUGACUCUCAGAGUAACCAAUGAUGGAAUGUUAUGAACUGACUUAAAUGGGCUUUGGUUGCCAUGGUGCAACAGCCCAAGCCCUCUUUGUGAUUUGAAAACCGAGGGGUAUUCAAGUUUAUGGAAUUCACAUUUGAACUAAAAGCACUGGGUGAGCAGACCACAGUGGGCUUCUCUUUUGAGCUAACAAUAGCAGAUCUAAGAGUGGAGUUCAAACUAAUGGGUACAAGAUUACAACGUACAACGUACAACACCCCUGGCAGUAUAGACAACUGUACAACGAUAACGCUUAAAAAGGAUGGGAGGUAUUACCUGAGCGGGGCUUGGUCUGUCUCUGAGUCAAUAUCUUAAUGCUUAAUGAAGAAUGUUCAAAACACUCCAAGGUUAAAUAUUGAGUUCCGCAGGGUUGGAUCCUUGCUAUCCCUCGGCCAAGUAAUUCCUAAGAGCAGUGGCGUUCAAACUUUUUCAGCGGGGACCCCAAAUCUAAUGACACAACCUUAAAAUCAGUACAUUUUACAUAAGCAAAUAACCUUCAAUUCAUAGAUUUAAAAAAAAAAAGAAACAAAUAAAUACAUUUACUCAAUACAAUUAUUUUUUUCAAAUGACCUUUCUCAAAAACGUUUGUAUAUUGUCCCAUACAAUAAUUUCUCUAAAUUUUUUGUUCCAAUUAUUAUUAUUAUUUUUAUUAAUUUCGGUGGCCCCACUGCAGUUCCACCUAGUGGAGUCGCGACCCCGAUUUUGAAUGCCACUGCCUUUAGAGGUUAAGUGAAUGUUAUAACAUUGUUUUCUUGCUGGCCAGUAGUCCAUAAAUCUUAAUCAACAUCUACAUGCAGCAUUCUAUUUAAUUAGAAUAACUACCUAUCAUGCUUUAGAGACUAUGGACAUUUCAUUUCCAGUACAUUAUUCUCUCCCAUUCACAGGGGUAAAGGUGAUACUCCAGAGGCCAGGGCAUUGGCCAAGCAGAUAGCCACAUCCCUACAGAACCUGCAGUCUAAGACCAGCAAGGCUGUAGCCAACAGCAGGCCUGCCAAGGCUGCAGUCCACCUGGAGGGGAAGAUAGAACAGGCCCAGAGCUGGAUGGAGAACCCCACCAUCGAUGACGGGGGAGUGGGUGAGUCUGAAUGGCCUGCUCUCUCUCUCUCGCUCUCUCGCUCUCUCUGUCUCUCGCUCUCUCUGUCUCUCUCUCUCUCUCUCUGUCUCUCUCUCCUUCCUUCCCUCCCUUUAUCUCUAUCUCCCUCCCUCCCUCUUGCUUUCUUCUCUCUUUCUUCCCCUCCAUCUCUCUCUUAGCCCUCCUUCCUUCCUCUCUCCCUUCAUCCCCCUCUCUCUCCAUCUCUCCCUCUCUCUCUCUCUCCCUCUACAGUGAGCAUCAGUCCAGACUCUAUGUACAUGUCUGCUGUGUUGUUUUUCUCUGUGCAAUACAUUCCGCUGCUCUCUCCCAACCUCAUCAUUAUAUCUUUGGCUUGGCUUGUCGGCUCAGAAGCCUGGAUAUUUUCUCACAUGUCAUCUGUUGUUAACACUUAGACUCUGGGCUGUAUUACAUGGCCUACUGGAGAAUGUUCAGAGUAAGCAUAAUCAGAACUAUAUAGAAUAACAUACAACUAUAUAGAAUAACAUACAACCAAUAUAGAAUAACAUACAACUAAUAUAGAAUAACAUACAACUAAUAUAGAAUAACAUACAACUAAUAUAGAAUAACAUACAACUAAUAUAGAAUAACAUACAACUAAUAUAGAAUAACAUACAACUAAUAUAGAAUAACAUACAACUAAUAUAGAAUAACAUACAACUAUAUAGAAUAACAUACAACUAAUAUAGAAUAACAUACAACUAUAUAGAAUAACAUACAACUAAUAUAGAAUAACAUACAAACUAUAUAGAAUAACAUACAACUAUAUAGAAAACAUACAACUAAAUAGAAUAACAUACAACUAUAUAGAAUAACAUACAACUAAUAUAGAAUAACAUACAACUAAUAUAGAAUAACAUACAACUAUAUAGAAUAACAUACAACUAAUAUAGAAUAACAUACAACUAAUAUAGAAUAACAUACAACUAUAUAGAAUAACAUACAACUAAUAUAGAAUAACAUACAACUAAUAUAGGAAUACAUACACUAUAUAGAAUAACAUACAACUAAUAUAGAAUAACAUACAACUAUAUAGAAUAACAUACAACUAAUAUAGAAUAACAUACAACUAUAGAAUAACAUACAACUAUAUAGAAUAACAUACAACUAAUAUAGAAUAACAUGCAACUAUAUAGAAUAACAUACAACUAUAUAGAAUAACAUACAACUAUAUAGAAUAAAGGAAGUGUGGGUGGUCCUUCUACACUUAACCCUCUGGGCCAAAUCGGUAGAAACCCACCUAUGAUCCAAAGCUUUGUUUGCUGUGUAUAUCUGUGUCUGUGUGUGUACUUGCGCGUGUUUGACAGUGUCUAUGUCUCACCCCAGGCCAGGCAGCUAUCCGGGGCCUGGUGGCAGAGGGCCGUCGUCUGGCUAACGCCCUGCCAGGUCCAUACAGACAGGGGCUGGUGGGGAAGUGUGAGCAGGUAGAACAGCUGAUGGCCCAGCUAGCCGACCUGGCCGCCAGGGGCGAUGGGGAGUCGCCACAGGCGCGUGCCGUGGCUCAACAGCUCCAGGAGACCCUGAAGGUGAGACGGCUCACAUUCACUCUCACCUACUCUCACUUCCAAGCCAUUAUCCACACUAGUCUACCAGACUCUGACUGGAGCUCACUCUGUCACAGGCAUGGUGAAGAGCUCCCCCUCCUGGCUGGAGACACCAGCUCCAGCCACUAUAACUAUGAUACCUUAAAGUAGCCCAAUAAAAUGUGUUUUGAAGUUUUAUUAAUAAAGGGAGAAUGCCACUUUAAAAUCAAUUGUUGAACAAUAGCUGUAUAACUGCACCAGUUCCAAUCCAAUAAUUCCAUUGAUCUGAGAUGCAAUGUAAGCCACUUGUCAAAAGAGACAUAAGAGUGUAUUGUUAACAUGUAAUACUUCUAAAGCUGGUCUCCUGCUAACUAACUCGUGUGUGUGUGUGUGUGUGGUCUUGUCUUCUCAGAACCUCAAAGGAACGAUGCAGGAAGCGAUGACUCAGGAAGUGUCGGACAUCUUCAGCGACACGACCACUCCCAUCAAACUACUGGCUGUGGCCUCCACCGCCCCGCCCAAUGCCCCGAACAGGGACCAGGUGGGUGAUUUCUCCCUCCCUCCCUCCCUUCCUCCCUCCCUCCCUCCCUUCCUCCCUCCCUCCCUCCCUCCCUCUCUCACUCCCUCUCUUUCUGUCUCUCUCUCUCUCUGUCGGUCUCCCUGCCUCCAUCAUGGCUCAUUCAUUCACUUCUAGCUAUGAGCAGAGCGUUAUAUAGAGCUAUAUAUUACAUAAUAGAAUGGGAUUCUAUUCUGGGAUAUAAUGUUUCUCUAAAUAUGUCUCUGCCUUUGACUAUCCUAACUUAUUUUGGCAGAUUCAUAUCAUCAUACAUUAAGCUAAAAAAAAAAAAACAUAUGGAUUACUCAAUGAUUAGUUUCCAAUAAUUUAUGCGGUACUUGUCACUCAAUAAUAUUUAGACUACAUUUCCUGAGGGAAAUGUUACUAUAAGUAAAAAAUACCAAGUUUGAUCCAUCUACAUUAUUGGUCACUGUAAGUGUCUGCCAAGUGGCAUAUGGUGUACUAUAUUAUGUUAAAGGCAUAUUUUGGGAUUUUAGCAAUGAGGCCAUUUAUCUACACCAGAGUCAGAGGAUCUUGUGGAUACCAUUUUUAUGUCUCUGUGUCCAGUAUGAAGGAAGUUUGAGGUAGUUUCGCGAGCCAAUGCUAAAUAGCGUUAGCAGAAUGACUGGAAGUCUAUGGUAUCUACUAGCAUGCUACUCUGGGGAAGUAGAUAAAGGGCUUCAUUGCCAAAAUCCCGAAGUAUCCCUUUAAGUUGAAUUGUUCUCUGAUUUGUAACUGUUAUAUUAGGUGUUUGAUGAGAGGGCGGCCAACUUUGAGAACCAUGCAAACAAGCUGGCUGCUACAGCAGAAAAGGCUGCCGCUGUGGGAACAGCUAACAAGAGCACCGUGGAGGGGAUCCAAGCUGCCGUCAAGUCUACAAGGGACAUUACACCACAGGUAUGUGUAUGUGUGUGUGUGUGUGUGUGUGUGUGUGAGAGUGUGAGAAUGUGUGAGAGUGUGAGAGUGUGUUUGUGUGUGAGAUUGUGUGUGAGAUUGUGUGAGAGUGUGUGUGAGAUUGUGUGAGAGAUUGUGAGAGUGUGAGAAUGUGUGUGUGUGUGUGUGUGUGUGUGAGAGUGUAGGUGUUUAUCCCAAAGUGGCCAUUGGUCAGGAGGAUGACGUAAUUAUGUCCCCAACUGAUGGGAACUUUCUCUUCUAGGUGGUCUCUGCUGCCCGUAUCAUGCUGAGAAACCCAGGAAACCAGGCUGCCUUCGAGCACUUUGAGACCAUGAAGAACCAGUGGAUUGACAACGUGGAGAAAAUGACAGGUAGUGCCAGAUCAUCUCCUGUCAUUUGUUGUUCAUCACAAUAAAGUGGACGUUGUGUAAAAAAUCUAAAUGUAAACGUGUUCACUUCCUUAUUAGCAUUAAGAAUGAUGUCUCCUCUGUCUCUAGGUUUGGUGGACGAGGCCAUAGACACCAAGUCUCUGUUGGAUGCCUCUGAGGAGGCUAUUAAGAAAGACCUGGAGAAGUGUCGCGCGGCCAUGGCUAACCACCAGCCCCAGAUGUUAGUGGUAGGAGCCACCAGCAUCGCCCGGCGGGCCAACCGGAUCCUCCUGGUGGCGAAACGGGAGGUAGAGAUAUGUUUAUUUACACAUAGAAUCAAUCACAUGUAUUUAAAGGCCUUUUAACAUCAUCAGUUGUCACACAGUGCUUUACAGAUACCCAGCCUGAAACCCCAAAGAGCGAGCAAAGCAGAGGCAGAAACAUACAAACACAAGUUUACAGUACUGACAACUGAAUUGCAGAAAACGUGAACAUGAUUUAAAAAGAGAAAUAUUAAUAGACUUUUAUCCCUAGGUUGAGAACUCUGAGGAUCCUAGAUUCAGAGAGAUAGUGAAGGCUGCGUCUGAUGAGCUGAGCCGGACCAUCUCUCCCAUGGUGAUGGACGCCAAGGCUGUGGCUGGGAACAUCACCGAUCCAAGUACGUUCCGAGGCGGUUUCCCUACAUUUAGGAUGUGUUUGAUCAUUAUACUGUGUACCCUGCUGUCCAGCUAUAGCUAUCCAACAUGACUUAAUACUAAAUAUGAAGCCUCAUUCUGUCCAUUUCUGAAUCUUUGAUAGUCAAAAGUUAAGGUUCAGUCAAUGGUGUUAUGGUGUAGGGUUCUGUCAAUGGUGUUAUGGUGUAGGGUUCUGUCAAUGGUGUUAUGGUGUAGUGUUCUGUCAAUGGUGUUAUGGUGUAGGUUUCUGUCAAUGGUGUUAUGGUGUAGGGUUCUGUCAAUGGUGUUAUGGUGUAGGGUUCUGUCAAUGGUGUUAUGGUGUAGGGUUCUGUCAAUGGUGUUAUGGUGUAGGGUUCUGUCAAUGGUGUUAUGGUGUAGGGUUCUGUCAAUGGUGUUAUGGUGUAGGGUUCUGUCAAUGGUGUUAUGGUGUAGGGUUAUGUCAAUGGUGUUAUGGUGUAGGGUUAUGUCAAUGGUGUUAUGGUGUAGGGUUCUGUCAAUGGUGUUAUGGUGUAGGGUUCUGUCAAUGGUGUUAUGGUGUAGGGUUCUGUCAAUGGUGUUAUGGUGUAGGGUUCUGUCAAUGGUGUUAUGGUGUAGGGUUCUGUCAAUGGUGUUAUGGUGUAGGGUUCUGUCAAUGUUUUGCUGCCGCCUCACCAGCAGCUUUUGGGGCCUUUGUCUAGUCUACUGUUUAUAUCUGAUUCUUCCUCUGUGGUGUCCAGGUCUGUUUAUAAGGCCUAACUAACUAUCUGAUUCUUCCUCUGUGGUGUCCAGGUCUGUUUAUAAGGCCUAACUAACUAUCUGAUUAUUCCUCUGUGGUGUUCAGGUCUGUUUAUAAGGCCUAACUAACUAUCUGAUUAUUCCUCUGUGGUGUCCAGGUCUGCAGAAGGGCUUCCUGGACUCAGGCCAUAGGAUCCUGGGGGCCGUUGCCAAGGUGAGAGAUGCCUUCCAGCCACAGGAACCAGACUUCCCACCACCUCCUGAUCUGGACCAACUGCACGUAAGUCAAUCAAUCAAAUUAAUGUAUAAAGCUCUUUUCACAUCAGCAGUUGUCACAAAAAAAGCUUAAUAGUCCUAGACUGUCAACAUCAGGGUUUUGUUCAGUGGGGUAGCAAUGUGGUUUCAGAAUGUUCUGAUGUAUUUAGUAUUAUAAUUUUUUGAACAGAAAUGAUUAUCUGCCAUGUAGAAUAGAGAAUUAGCACUUCUGUCUGCAACUUUCGGAACGUUUCACCUCUCUGAAUACAACACGCCAGGUCAGCGACGAGCCCGCCCCACCCAAACCACCUCUCCCCGAGGGUGAGGUUCCUCCCCCCAGACCCCCUCCCCCAGAGGAGAAGGACGAGGACUUCCCAGAGCAGGAAGUAGGGAGAGAUGGUGAGCGAGCCCAUGAUGAUGGCCGCCAGACAGCUCCACGAGGAGGCCCGCAAGUGGUCCAGCAAGGUGAGAUACAAGCACAUACACUUACAUGUUUAGGUUUAACGUCAAGUUAAGUUUAUUGCCAGUAAAGUACAUUGGAAUUUCUCUGCGACCAGAAAGCAACAGUAGAGCAGCUCAGAGUUGCCAUCAUUCGGUGUCAUCUAGGAAGCGUGACGUGUACACGUCCACUGUGUUGUCAUACGUCCGAUUUCAUGCUUUGCUUUUUGCGACCUCUUUCAGGGUAACGACAUCAUCGGUGCAGCCAAGAGAAUGGCCCUGCUCAUGGCUGAGAUGUCCCGGCUGGUGCGCGGUGCCGGUGGGAAUAAGCGUGCCCUCAUCCAGUGUGCCAAAGACAUCGCAAAAGCCUCAGACGAGGUCACGAAGUUGGCCAAGGAGGUGGCCAAGCAGUGCACAGACAAACGCAUCCGGACCAACCUGCUUCAGGUCAGUUGACUGGCUGAUCCCUGGCCAUGUCCUCUUAAAAAAAUUAUGAUUGCUCCGAUGCAAUAAAUGUAAAAAAAAAUACCAAAGUUUCAACAGCUAUGCUGCCUUCAUCAGGGUUUUAUCUGGUCCAAUAUUCUGCCAAAUGUGUCUUUUGUUUCCUCAAUUCCUCUCAAAGCUCAUUGGAGGAGGAGGGAGGUCCAAGGGAGGGACCUUGGAUCCUCUCCUCCAAUGCAGUUCGAGAAGAAUUGAGCAAGCAAGGAGGGAGGAAGCAAGGAUUUGACGACAGCUAGAAACGUUUUCAGACUCUGCUUCAGGUUUUGCUUGUGCAUCAGCUGCUGCUCUGUCAUGUUCAAAGAUGAUACAAAAGGGCAACGUUAUAUUCAUGUAGGAGUAGUAGGACUAAAGCUAGAAUGAGAUAAUCCAAUUUCCUGCAUGCCCUCGUGAUUUGAAUUAGGGUAGAUAAUUAGAAUCGGUGUUUGAUCUUCAUGUCUCUGACUGAUGAUUUUAUCUUGUUUGCGACCUGUGUAAAAUGCACUUUAAAUCAACUUGAACUUGGAUCAACUUAUUUGUGUUCCAGGUGUGUGAGCGCAUCCCCACCAUCAGCACACAGCUCAAGAUCCUCUCCACGGUCAAAGCCACCAUGUUGGGUCGUACCAACAUCAGCGAGGAGGAGUCCGAGCAGGUCAGUACACUGGAGAUCACUGGAUUAUACUCCUCAACCAAAGUUACCUUUUUGCUUUGUAAUUACGUCAUAAUGAGGUUCAGCGGUUUUCUGUUAUUAUACAAGUGGAAUAAAGAACAGUCCAUAUUCCACUUGUUUUAAACUAAACUUGAAAAGCAAUCGCUAGAGUAGUAAUUAGCAGUAAUGUUACGAUGUAAAUAGCAUGUUACUAGUGUAGUACAGUGUUACACAAGAACAACUUAAUGAUCAAUUUGACCAUUAUCCUUCCCCAUCUCCCAGGCCACAGAGAUGUUGGUUCACAAUGCCCAGAACCUGAUGCAGUCUGUGAAGGAGACGGUUAGAGAGGCCGAGGCUGCCUCCAUCAAGAUCCGGACGGACGCCGGUUUCACCUUGCACUGGAUCCGAAAGACCCCCUGGUACCAAUAAGAAGAGACGGGCCAACUGUUCGUUUAAUUUUGCGUUCCCAAUGGCACUCUAUUCCCCUAUGUAGUGCAAUACUUUCGACCAGGGCCCGUACGUCUCUGGUUAAAAGUAGUGCAGUAGAUGGGGGAAUAGAUAACGUAGCCUGGUUGGAAGAAGAAAACAGCCAGACCCUUUUGAGCAACAGUUCUGACGAACUCAUACAUACUAAUUCCAAGAUACAAUGAAUGAAAACAGCCCCUUUUAAUAACCCUGCCUGGUUGGGGUAAAAAGAGUGAGUGAGUUAAUACUGAAAACACUAUUUAUCAGUCGAUGUCAAUCCCAUACUUACCUGUAAACGGUGACAGUUUUGGUAGAAUAUAAGGUAGAGGACUAUCUAAUGCAACUAUAACAUGGUAUAGAAUGAUUCUUACUUGCAAAUUAUUUUUUGUAAUUGUAUGUAAAAAAAAAAAUAUAUAUAUAUAUAAAAAAAAUAAGAAGAAAUGAAAUGUGUUUUCAGAUCUUAUGAAAAAUCCCAGGUAUGUAUCUGAGGUUUCUUUUCGUAUCCAGUAAAAGGUUAAAGGUUUAAACUAUAACUGGUUAAACAUGCAGUGUAGCCCCACAGUGAGAAGAAGACCUCCAAGUUAAAAUUAUAAUAUUAUUAAGAUUUUUCCCUGGAAGGCCUUUUUUAUAUAUUUAUACUGGUUCUUUAUUUCACUAUUUGCAAUGCGCAGCUGUUCACCUUUGCUAGGGCAAACCACAUCUGAUCCAACUCGAUGGGAGUGAGUUCAAGCGUAUCACAAUGCUCCGUUCCACACACGAAUAUGUAUUAUUCAGUGGUAUUAUGGUCUGUUUUAUACUAUGUUAUGUUAUAGAAACACUGUUCCUUGUUCCAUAUUUUUUUUGUUAAAUGGUGAGAUGUUUUUUUUUUUUUUGUAGCAAUGUUCUUAUUUUUAUCGUCAGGACUGCCAAAGACUGUAUUCUAACCUAGUCCCAGAUCUGUUUGUGAUCUUUGCGCCUACUCCAUUGUGCCGUGACAAUGAGUGACAGGGAGUUGGCGUGAUGGCGCCACACAGCCUGGUACUCAGGCUUAGUUUGUUCCACUAUUAACUUUUUCUGUCUUGGGGUUUAUUAUUAUUAUUAUUAUUAUUAUAAAACAUAAGGACUAGCUCUUCAGACACAUUGGGUAGAAAGUGUCUUAUUAACUUUAGAACUUUCACAAAUAUCUGUUCAAAUAACUUGCAUUCAGCGCUUUUAUUUUUUCUGGCUUGAUUUUUCACAUUGUUGCAUUGAGAUUACAUGUAGGCCUUGGGUCUGCCUUAGGUCUGCCUUAAGUCUGCCGUAAGUCUGCCUUAAGUCUGGUGCUCUAUACUUUGUGCUUCUCAGUGAAACUAUAG